CUAUAUAAGCAACCUUAUGUUGAAAUUUCUAACCAAAACACCUUCGACUUGACUUGUAUUUCUCCCUUGACUGAGGCAACUCUUCUAUUCCCCCUUCAACCAAAAACUUCCUUUCCUUUUCAUUUAGGUUCACUUUCAAGCUUGUGUCUUAUCUCCUAGACGACUAUAUCUUUCUUUUCUUAUGGCAUCAUCCUCUCGUUCAUCUACACGAAGCUCCUCAUGGACACAUAAACAAAACAAGAAAUUCGAGGAGGCUUUAGCACGAUAUGACAAGGACACACCAGACCGCUGGAACAACAUAGCACGGGCAGUAGGCGAGAAAUCAGCGGACGAAGUGAGGAGGCAUUAUGAGGCCCUAGUCAAGGACAUCAUGCAGAUAGAAACUGAUCAAGUACCAAUACCUAAUUACAGCUCUAUUCCAAACAAUGGGAGAGGAUAUGGCAAUAACAGAGGCUACUGAAGAAUCUUAAACUACCCUGAAAAGCCCUGUCUGGAACUAAUAAUCCAUUACCAUCAGAAGUUCUGCAAAAGCAAACGGCAUCGAGAGAAAGUUGUGUAUUCCUAAAUCUUUCAAAGCAAAUAAGAAAGCUCUAUGUAAAGGUUGGUUAAGUUGUAACGUACUAUGAUGUUAAAAAAUGUACAAUCUGCUUUAUGUUUUUGUCUAUGCAGUCUCAUAGAAUCAUUCUCAGAA